CGAGGCGUAAUAAUUUGGCAGGAAUUAUAAAAACCUAUUUGCAAAAUGAAGGUGAUCUACAAUACUCUGUUUAAGCGCACGUCCACCUACGCCGUGGCCAUCAUCGGGGCGACAUUCUUUUUCGAGCGUGCCAUCGAUGUCUCGUCCACUGCCCUGUUCGAGUCCAUCAACAAAGGCAAACUCUGGAAGGACAUCAAGAGCAAAUACGAAUAGGCGCAGUCUUAAAUAAAACAAUGUUUUGUUUUAAUUAGCAUAAAAAUGAACGUUUAUUCUAAACGAGUCGAAAACUAG